AUGUCAUUACGAUUUCCUCCUGCUCAACCGCCUGGACAAGGCAUACCACUCAAAAAGUGCCCCAUUUAUGUGGGUGAGGAAUCACCGUACCGUUUUGUCCCACCAAUACCUCGUCAUGAUGAUUUACCGCUCGGAUGGUUUAUGUUGCAAGAUUUGGUGCAUGUGCUACCGUUGUCAAUUUAUGUGCUGUAUGUUAACAUGAAAAGUCCGGUACGUUUGUUGGUCGAUUUUUUUCUUUAA